AGCAACAAGCACAAACAAAAAUAAGCAUGGCGUCGAAAAAGACAUUCGAAGAUUUGGAUCUUUCUCAGGAAGAAUUAAAGCGCAUAGAAAACGCUUUAAAAGAUGAGAAAUUUCGAAAGAUGUUCGUUGAGUAUGCAGAAGAAAUUUCAGACCCGGCGAACAGAAAACGAUACGAGGAAGAGAUCGCGAUGAUGGAACAAGAUCGGGGCAUGGAUGUGCAAUUUGUAAAUCCGAAACCAGGUCAUGUUCUCAAAACCAUUAUCGAUGGUCAGAAAGCCUUUAUCAACAUUUGUACAAGUGACAAAAUGGGACAACCGACUUCGAAGAAAAGUGUCAGCGAGACCGGCGUAAAAGGCCUCAUGUGGCAACUUCCCCAUUCCUUUUCCCCACCCAGAGAGGAUUAUGACAAGGCUAAGAAAAUUUGCAUGGUUUACGAUGUUGUUUUUCAUCCUGAUACUUAUACCAUGGCCCGUAAUCCAAAGUUCUUGAAGCUUGUUGAAGAUACUGCUAUAGAGGGCAUUGAAAAACAGCUUGGGGUUAAAGUUGAUAAGAACAACAUCCGCCGACCAAAGAAUUUAAAGUAUAAAGGCAGCCCAGUUGCUACUGUUAUUAGAACACGUAAAGAUCAACAGAAAAAAGAAAGCAAAAAAGAUGAGAAUGAUAUUCUGUCAAAUAUGCCAUAUCCCUACGGCAGUGAAACCACUGCGGAACUAACAGAAAAAAGAGCAAAAGAAAUGGAAAAGAAGGCAAAAGAUGAGGCAAACAAAGCAAGUAAAACCAAAACAACAGUUGCGAAGAAAGCUGAAGAAGGAUUCACAAUGCCAAAGUACAGCAUUAUUCAUCGUUCUGAUAUGGACAUUCAGGAAUUUAGAAAUGCCCCUGAUUCCCGUCCGUCUACAAGACCAAAGGUGCUGGUGGUGACCAUUGAUUUGCCUCUCUGCAACUCUGCUACUGGUGUUGACUUGGACAUUUUUGAAGACAAACUUUCACUGAAAAGUGAAAAGCCUCCUUAUAAACUGGACCUGAAGCUUCCUUAUGCAGUUGAUGAUGAGAAUGGGUCAGCCAAAUUCGAUAAAAGCAAGAAAUGCCUGAUUGUCACAUUGCCUGUUGUACCGGGCAUAACUCCUGAUUUACCAAAGUAUGGUGAAAAAGGACAAGAAACUCAGCAGGAUGUUCCUCCACUUAUUGAAGAGCUGCCACCAUUGGAAGCUGCUACGGAUCUUCCGCCCCUUGAAGACAUUGAUGAACCAUCUGGCUCAGCAGAUGAAAAGUCUGAAAAGGAUGAUCAUCCAGAAUGUACAGAGAAGAAAGUGAAACCUCAAAUCUCCUAUUCUUUGCCCGAAUAUGAUUUCAAUCAAGACUCAGAAACUGUUACAUUUAUUUGCCAUGUUCGAAACGUUAAAGAUGACUCAGUCAGUAGGUCAUUUCCAUCACCAUCAUCUGCUGAAGUCAAGUUUUUAUCGAUUGGGUCUGGGGGGUUUCCCAUGCACUAUUGUCUCUUUGUUGCAUUUGAUGCAGACUGCAGGAUUGUUCCAGAGCAUACGACCAUUGAUGCCUCAGAGAAGAAUCUGACAAUUACAUUUUUGAAGGAGAAGGACUGUCGAGUUCAAUGGAACAAGGUCUAUAUUGGUGCAGACAGUAAAGCAAAUGAGGAGAAGCUGUUUUUGACCACUGAGAAUCUUCAAGAAGAGCUUGACCAGUUGCAGGCCGAGGGUGAAGCCAUGGGACGAACGGAAGAACAUACCCCUGAAGCAUCCGAGUCAGAGGUCAAGGUUGCAGAGGUCAAGGUCACAGAAAUGAACCCUAAGAAACUUCGACUGAAAAUCACUAACCCAAAGGCAACAUUUACAACGCUAGAGGACGGUCUCCCAGAGUGCGACGAUGAUGACCUACCGCUGUCAGCAAACAUUGAGGUGGUUCACACCAGUGAGGUACCUAACCUGCAAGGCAUCCUGAAGUCAAGGUCAAGCUCAGAGUGCUCCACGGAAGAUCAGUCAUCCAGUGGUGACAGUCCAACAAGCCCACGUGACAGCGACGGUAACCGGCGGUCCGUGACCUUCAGCAACCACGUGGAGAAGGCCACGUUCAAGACAAAUGCCACUGUUAGCAGCCUGACAAAGGCCCUUAAGAGCAAGCGCCGUAACCAGCGGCGCCGUGAGGGUCGCAAGGACGGGAGACAGCGGCACAACAGCAACGGCAGCGAAGGCAGCAGCUGUGAUGACAUGGAGACUCAGAGGCGCAGCAGUGAGAGCCAUAGUGAGGAGGACCUGGAGUGUGAACCAGACAACGAUCAGAGGGAGCAGGCUGCUGGUCAAACAGUUGAGGAAAGUGGCAAGGUUACUGAAGAAAUCCUUGAAGACAAAACAAAAGCUCAUGAAAAGCAAAAUGGAAAAACCCCUGGUUAUCAGAUACAUUCUAAGAAAGGCAAAUCUAAAAAGAAGGCCAAAAAGAUUGCUGAGGAAGUGAAAAGCAAGAUGGCAGCAGUCAGAGCUAAUAGCUCUUCUGGCAAUGAUAGUGAUGAUGAUGAAGACCAUGCUUUGGAAAGAACUAAUAGUGUUGAGAGUGAAGAAGCUUUUGUGACUAGAGAUGAAAACCAGCAGAAAUUGGUCGAUGUGACUAGAGAGAGUGCUGCUAUGGAAAUAGUGGAAAAGGUUGAAAUGGCCGCAAGGAAAAGUGAUCUCAAAGCUGAUAAAUAUGGCAGUAUCAAUGACUCAGGUGGUAAAAUAAGUGAUACAUCAGGUGCAAUCAAUGAUGAAAUAAAUGGCAGCUCUAAGAAAGGUGUGAGAUUUAGUGAAAACGUGGACCGUGAGAAAGGUGAUGGAGGUAAUGGCGAGACUGGAACAAAGGGAGGUAACGGGAGCAUGUCUAGCAAGAAAGACAAUCAGGGUGAGAGAAAGGGGGAACAGAGUGGAAAGGGGGAUGAUGUGAGAAAAGGGGAGGUGGAAACAGAAUUGAGUUGGAAAGAAGUGGACAGGGCUAGUCCAUUUAAUGCACACAAAACUCAGUGUGCAUUCAACUUUUCCAACGAUGUGAUGUUUGAUUUAGAUAUUGACUAGACAAGGGCAUGUAAUGGCAUUAGCCACUGGGUUUACAUUUAUGUGUGAGUUAUUGAUAGACAGUUAAUGUGGACAGUUUUCAAAACAGGUGGCUUGUGGCUAAUGCUAUUACUGAGAUGUUCACAUCUUGAAAUGUACACAAAUGACACGAGAUAUUUACAAAUAGUAAAAAAAAUCAUAAAAUGUAUGAAAAAAACAAAAACAAUAAUCGCUUUAGAUUCUGUUUGUUAUAAUCAUACGUGUACCAUGCAUGUGUCACUAUGUGGUUUCUGUAACUCUUCCUUUGUUGCGUGGUCUGUCCUUGAUUUCAAAUAGGUAUUGUGUUGAUUGGUUGUCCAUUGCAAGAUUGAACUGCUUGUUGUCUAGACUGUAUCUAAACCUCCCUUUGAGUGUGAGUGGCUUGGGUGAGUUUCCUGCAUUUAUAUAUUGAGAAUUGGGUCACAGUUAUGUGUGUACAUGGAUCAUAGAUUUGGUACUUUUUUGUUAACUUUAUAUUUGGUAUGUUUUUAAGGGCUAAGGAAGAAAGAAGUUUUAAGUUCCAAUCAUUUAGAAGUAAGCAUGUUUGUGAAGAUUUCGAAAAAAAGCUUGGGGUAAAAAUGUAUCUGUCACAGUCACUUAACCUUAUACAUAAUUAUUGCUUUUUGUCAAUCAUUAAACCACAAGUAUUUUUUUUUACUUUAUUAGUUGUGUUCAUGCCAUCUCAAUAAUUUUGUAUGUUUUUAAUUUUUACAACUACAUGUGUAAGAUUAUCACAUUUAAUCAAUAUUUCUGGGUAUAACUGUACAUAAUAAGCAGGUUUUUUUUCCACUUUUUGGGAAGAUAGCCCAUGGCUUUGGAAUUGGGAAUUUUAUCGGCAUUUUCAUGAAAUUGGGAAAAUAAAUUCAUUAGCCCUUUUUUCCACAUGAAAAGUCCACUGAUUAGGGAAAUACUAAUUUUGAUUUAACUCUUUAUAAUCAUUCAAAUUAAAAGAAAAAAAACAUAUAAUACUGUGUUAGAUGUAAUUGAAUUAAAAUUGAGAUAAAAUACACAUAAGACUUCUUUCAAAAAAAAAAAAAAAAAAAAAUUUUUUUUUUUUUUUUUUUUUGCAAUUGGGAAUUUUUUGUUACAUUUUGGGGAAAAAAGUAUACUUUUUGGGAUUGGGAACAUAGCCGAAUUUCGGCUAUAAAAUCGGGCAAAAAAAAAACCCUGAUUAGUAUAUGACUGAAAUUACAAAUGUACGUACAUUUUCUUGAAGAAUUCAAAUGGUCAAACAUAUUUGUAAAUUUAAAUAUAGGGCCAUAUGCUGCAAACGCAGUACCUUACAUACACUUAAAACUUGACAAUAUUUAUAAUAACAAUCUGUCAUUUAAUAUCUCCAUAAGUGAACAUCCUUGUAUUAUCUUUCCUGUUGUGAUUAUGCCACAUCCAUCAUGUGCGUUUUUAAUGCUCAUGCUUAUAUGCUUGUCAUGAAAUGACGUUUUUGUAUUUUGUAUAUUUGCAGAUUCAGUGUCAUCUUUUAUAAAUUGCAUAUUGAUUUUUGGUUAAAAUCAAUUGUUCAAAUAACUAUGAACUUUGUUACAGGUUUUGUUCAUAUUUUGUUAAAUUUGUUUUUAAAAAAAAAAGAAGAAGAAAAUAUGUCUGUGAUUGAGAUCAUCAACAUGUGAUAAAAGUAGUGUUGUCUUGAAUAUAAAGCAAUUUCAUAAGUGCUUUACAGUGAUAUUUGAGUAAUAUGGAAAUAGCUGGCAAUUAAGUCAUUGGUUAUCACUUUGUGGAUCAUUCAUUCAUUGAGAAUGGCUGGCUUCCAAGUAGUUGGACAUGUUUUGUGAGACAUUUGUAAUGCUAACUUGCAAGUAAUUGUCGGUUGUUGACUUUUGACUCGAUUCUAAUUGUAAGGUAAAUUUUCUUAAUUUCUAACUUUUAUUGAUUAUUUUUUAGAGUAUGUCCAUAUGAGAAUGACCAAUUUGCCUCUCAUGGUUAUUACUAAUUUUUAUGUCAUUGAUAAUGUCUAGCUUGUAAGUCAUUUUUAAUCGCUUACUUGUAUGUCAUUGGUUAUUACUAACUUGUAUGUCAUAGGAUGAGUUGUAAGUAAUUGGUAAUCGUUUUGUUAAUGUUUAUUUUUCAGUUGAUCAUUAAGAAUGACAUACUGCAUGAUUAAGAUUUUAUAGGAAGUCACAAUUGUUUUUGUUUUUUUUCAUUGGUGAUUUCUAAAUCUAUAGCUAUAUAUGUUUUUGUAGAUAAUAUUCGAAAUUAAUGGGGAAAACAGUUCAUAUCUAAGGAACUAUAAAAAUGUGUGGAAGAUGCAAAACUUCAUUUUGGUGCAUGAGGACGAUGCCGCUUUGGUUACUUGUUUUUUUUAAAUUGACUAUUGAACAAAAUGUCAGAGAUAUUCUACUCAUUCAUAUGUAGGCAUCUGCAUAUUGCUCUGAUGAAGGCAAUGUGCAACAUCUUCAUGUCAGUAUUUCUAGUCUUGAUAUUCACUUGAAACAUUACAAAACAUUUUUGAUUCUUUGUAUGAGGGCACUGACUAAGUUUUAAGAAGCUUACCCGAGUGUAGCAGAAUUAUACCCCUUUUUAUACGCCCGUUUUUAAAAACGGGACAUAUUAUAGUUUCACCCUUGGCGGGCGGCGUCCACAGCAGUGUCUGCUCUCUAAUUCAAAUUGUUUUCAUUUGAUCUUCACCAAAUUUGGUCAGAAGUUGUGUCUAGAUGAUAUGUAGGUCAAGUUCAAAUAUGGGUCAUACCGGGUCAAAAACUAGGUCGCGAGGUCACUUAGUGCAUUUCAAGCAUUUGGCAUGGUGUCCGCUCUCGUUGAAGUAGUUUUCAUCUGAUCUUCACCUAAUUUGGUCAGAAGUUGUGUCUUGAUGAUAUGUAGGUCAAGUUCGAUUAUGGGAUAUGCCGGGUCAAAAACGAGGUCACAUAGUGCAUUUCAAGCAUUGAGCAUGGUGUCCGCUCUCUAAUUGAAGUAGUUUUCAUCUGAUCUUCACCAAAUUUAGUCAGCUGUUACAUCUAAAUGAUAUCUAGGUCAAGUUCAAAUAUGGGUCAUGCCGGGUCAAUAACUAGGUCUCAAGGUUACUUAGUGCAUUUCAAGCAUUGAGCAUGGUGUCUAGAACCUUCGAACGGGCGUAUCUUGUGACAGUUUGGCACUUGUUGUAUUUAUGAAUUUUAUGUUAAUGCUUGUGUUUAAUACUUUAUGGCUUGGAGGUUAUCAUAUUUGCUCACUGACAAAGGGGCUACAAUUCUUAUCUGCAUUGAAGCAGAGUAAUGCCCCUUUUGUACUGUUAAAGUUUGUGCCAUUUGCAUAUAUUGACCAACGUUUAUGAAAUUUCUGAUGCAGUUAGAAUUGGUGUUCUUUACCGUAAUUUCGGUGUAAACAUAGUGUACAUGCAGACAUUGCUGGGUAUUGAUUUGGACCUGUGGGUUAAAGGUCAUUGUAACUAAAAAUUAAAAAACAUAUUUGACUAUGCUUUGAGUUGUUAUGCUAAAAUAUGGUUUGUUAUUAGCAUACAUGCAGACUUAUCUUUGGGUUUGUAUAUCUGGUCAGUGGAGUUCUGAUGAAGGUCACUUAUACUACAAAUAAAAACCAGUUUCAACUCAUAAACUAGAGUUUGAUAAAGGUUUUGCUUUGAAAUUUGUGUGAAGGUAGCUUAUGUGCAGACCAUCCUUGGCACAGUAAUUCAGAUAAAAUUGGUAAUGCGAUGGAAAUUUCUUUAAGCGGCAUCACCACAUUUCUUGUUGCAAUCUAAACUGUCAUCUUUAAUAAAGGUUUGAACGUACUAUAAAACUGUUGCAAAAAUUCACUAUAAAAAAUGUACUUUUUACUUUCAAAUCCCAAGAGUAGUUGAUCUUGCCGUUUUGAAACAGCCCUUGUUACUCUUACCGUGAGGUAAGGUGGGGUUACUGUCCCUUUUUAUGUCACCCCACCACUAUAGUGGGGAACAUAUUGUUUUUGUCCUGUCUGUUGGUUUGUUUGUUGGUUUGUUUGUUUGCCCCAACUUUAACAUUUGCCAUAACUUUUGCAAUAUUGAAGCUAGCAAUUUAAUAUUUGGCAUGCAUGUGUAUCUCAUGGAGCUGCAAAUUUUGAGUGGUGAAGGUCAAGGUCAUCCUUCAAGGUCAAAGGUCAUAUAUAUGGGGACACAGUUUUUCACAAACACAUCGCUUGUUGGUUUAUUGCUUUGGCAGUGUCUUUGGAAUGAGUUUAACAGCUGUGUUUCAAAACAGUCUGUCAUAGGUGUUGACAUGUUUUUUUCAAGACAGUUAAUGAAUGUUGUUUUUUAUGAGUUAAUGUGCUAAUAAUCAGCAACUUAUUAUACCCCGCCAUAGGCGGAGGGAUAUUGUUUUUGCGUUAUCCGUCCGUCUUUCCGUCAGUCCUGAGCCGUAUCUUAGAAGUGCUUUAGCGGAUUUCAUUGAAACUUGGUAUGAGUAUAUAUAUGGAUAAUUGGAUGAUGCACACCAAAUGGCAUUAUAUUCCAUCUGUAAAUAACAGAGUUAUGGCCCUUUGUAUCUUGGAAAAAUGCUUUUUGUGUGUGUCCCAAGCCAUAUCUUGGAAGUGCUUUGGCGGAUUUCAUUGAAACUUGGUAUGAGUGUCCAGAAGCAUAUUGGCAGGGGAUAUCAAUUCAACGAAUUUGCUUGUUAUUUCUUGGCUCCACAUAUGCAAUUUUUAAUUACAAAAUCCAGUUUGUUCAAUUCAAUACAAUUGUGUUUUGUUUUGACCUGGUUUUCUCUUUCUUGUAAAAAAAAGAAAGAGAACAAUUCUUAAUUUGCUAGUAAAUGUUUAUGCAAAGUGGGUUAAUGCCAAGGGUGUAACUUCUUUUAGGUCACGUAGGCCUUGGCCAACACUUUUCUCCCGAAAGUCAUAAACAUACAAAUCUUACAAUUUCAUUGAAAUAAGUUGGGGAGGGAUGUCUGAGGCAUUGCGUUUAAUUAAACUGGUUGAAUUUUCGAAAGUUACACGUGAAAUGUUCCUAAUACAGUACAAAUAUACAUGUAUAAUGCUAUAUCAUAAAAACUGGGGCUGAUAAGAGCAUGCACCUGUUAUUCUAAUAAAAUGUUAUGUAAACAAUACUAUUGUAAUUAAUGUUUAGGAAAAACAAAGGUCAAUGUUUGAUAAUGAACAAAAAAUUUAGAAGAGAAGAAGAACUUUAUCUCAUUUAAAACUGAAGGAAAAGCACUCUACCAUACAGGGCAAGGGAUAUCAUUAAUAGAUAUUAAAUGCUAUCUUCAUUAACAACAACAAAAUAUAUUUUGUAUUUCAUUGUUGUCAUCGCUUAUUUGAUUAAAUGUUUUGAGAUAUGUGAUGUAAGAAACAUUAAAAUAUCUUUGAGUAUAUCCUCAAGGCACCUAAGAUACUACCCCCGAACAAUUGUCAGGCCUGCCAGACCCCCCCCCCCCCUUCUCACACACACUCCUCACAAGUAUCCAGCCUUCACUUUUGUUUUCUAAGCUACUUAAUUUAUUGUAAUUUUUUCACAUAUUGGUAACAUCUACCUGUACUUUUAUGUUAAAGCUGGAUUGAACAGAUGCUGUUUUGUUACUUCUGCUUCACUCUUAUUAUCUUUAUUAGCGAUAAUAUAAAAAAUACAUGAAGUACAAAUAUUCAACUGACAUGUGAAUAAAAUUCUGGUAAAAGUUAUGAUGUUAAUUCAGAUGUAUCUGUUAUAACAUCAUCUUCUGCUUUCUGGCAAUUCGAUUGCAUUUCUACAGUGUUGUUAUGGGACCUGCAACAAUAAACGGUAAAACAGUU